GCGGCAGAGAAUUUAGCAGAAAAAGUCAGCGCUCGAAAAGUGUUUCCCAAAUCCGGAGCAAGCAAAAAAGUGCAUCGUCAAUGUCCUGUUCAGUGUGUGCAUAAAUUAAGCUUCAAUUGCCGUCGAAGGUUGCAUAAUUAUCGAGUGUGUGCAAUAAGUUCCAGUGCAUUGUGUUACAAGUUUACCUGAAAAAAAUGUUUCCUGUUCUACUAAAGAAAAUCAAUUCCCAAGUCGUCAGCCAAAAAGUCCAUGUGGCGCUAUUUUGGGCGGUGAAAUAAUUCCAAUUGGAUAAUCCGUGCUGCCCACACAGGGUUCCAAUUGCACACACAGCAUCGGAACCAAACUCCAGAUCUCGUUGUCCCUCCAGCCAACCUCUCGGUGUGACCUUCUCCAGUUGCACCUGCCAGCCUGUUUGUGCUGUUGAUGCUGAUUAUCCCGACUUGAAAAAAUAUUGAUUGCACACCUAUCAUCAUCAUCGUCAUCUUGGCUGAAAUCAUCACGCAGAGAAAUCCACGCGCGAAGGCCCUUACCCGUCCGGCAGAGACCCCCAGACUUCGAAGAAUUGAUGGAUUAGAGUCGAGUCGCGUGCAGCAAGAGUCGCACGUAGGAGUCGCCCCUGGUUUGAAACUCAUUAGUGUCCGGAGAAACGACGACGAUGAUGGCAGCAGCCCGGAGUCCCGUAAUUGUCUCCAAUCAAGCCGUCGUCAGUAGCAGCUGAUCUACGCUUCCAUACGGGUCCAUCAGCGGGGUCAAUCGCGCUACGACCAACGCCAAGUUCUAAGGGAGAGUGCACUUUAAUUGGAAUCCCCGGUUUCAACCAGCAGAAGUGCGUCCUAAGAUAUUGGGCCAGCGUUUCAAUCGACCCAGAAUGGGAAAGAUCAACAGCUACAGCGGAGCUGAUGCGGGAGGAGUUGCGCUGGAGAGCAACUGCUUGGAGCACUGGAGAGUUCCGGUAUCCAGGAGAUUCGUGGAACCGGUGGCGGAGCUAGGACGGCAGUGGCCGCUGAGGCCGACGAUCAUCAGGGUGAGCGAUGCUGAAGACAGGUUGAUCGAGCAGGACCAGGUAGUUUGUCACCGGGAAGAAGACGAAGAGGAGAACGAAGAGGAUCGGGACCACGUAGCGGCGAUCGAUGAGAGUCGGCUGGAGUACCGAGCGGAGGGCAACGCCAACAUCGUGAUGGCCGUGCAGGGCAGCCGGUACGUGCUGCGGCUGAGGAAGACGGAUGUGGCGAGGAGUGACGGAAAGGAUUCACCGAUCGAUCUGGUGAGGUUCAUCAAGUAUACCAGGGUGAUGGCCAGCCUGUUUUCGGAACAUUUUGUCCCCGAGCUGAAGCUGGGCCGCGUUGAGACGUACGACCUGGACGCGUUUAACAAGAAGUUGGUAGAAUUUCGACCCGUGACCCGACUGGACAAGGAAAUCCGAGUACGUGACGGCAUCCUGUAUCCCGACGUGGCGUUUUUGCCGGCCAAGCUGGGACCGUACGGUGGUUGUGGUGGAGUCCAGCAGAGGGACAACUUCGUCGAGAGCUGCACCGAUUAUGGGCAGGAUGCCCGCUCCCUUCCCUCCAGCACGUACUGCGUGGAGAUUAAACCAAAGCAGGGUUGGUCCUUCCUGGACGGAAAUUACACCGAGGAGGAGGAACCGUUUCCAAACUGUGAUAGCCUGGCGCUUCCGGAGCUGGCCGGAACGAGCGGCGGCAAGUGUCGCUUCUGUCUGUUUCAGUAUUUAAAGCUUCAAAGGAAAACCAUAGGAACAAUAAGCAAAUACUGUCCGUUAGAUCUCUUCUCAGGGAAGCCCCUCCGGAUGCUGCGCGCCAUCAAGGGCCUGAUCGGGGCACCGCAGAACAACUUCAAACUGACCAAGAACGGCCGAAUCGUGUACGAAGAGACGCGGGAAAAGUGCAUGCUCAACCGGGUGCUGAAGGAGAUCUUUCAGCGGGACCAGCAGAACAAGGAAAGACGAAAAACCAUUUUUAUGAACCUGAUAAAGGAAACUUUGCUGAAGGAUUACUCGGUGAAUGAGGCGAACUCGGACCGAACCCUGCUAACGAUUCGGAAGGACAGGAAAAAGAAGGAUAAGAACCUUAUACACGAACGUACCUGUAGUCCAAUUAAUUACCAGUUUCUACCGGAGAAUUGUGCGCUCAAGCAGAUCCAGGACGUGCAGCUACUGGUGAAGUCAAAUCUGACGACGGUUCAGCCGGACAAGUUGCGAAAGCACGAGUACGUUGACGAGCUGUACGAAAAGUGUGUCGACUGCGGUGAAGACUGCUCCAACACCUUCAUCGAUAGUCGUCGGAGUUUGAGCCACUUUGUCGAGCAGUACCUUAGCCCGGAGGAACGGUACCAGCUGGGUGCGACCGCACUCGAUUGCUCCAUCAUGAUUACAUUUAGGCGGUUGGCGGACCGCGAGGAGGAAAGCCUUCCGGCGGUCGCCCAGCGCCACAUUAUCAGUAUUGAGGGCAUCAAGUUUCUGACCAACGUGACCAUCACCGACCUGGACCCGAAAACGCUCCAGCACGUGCAGCGCAAGUACCUCGGCCAGCUGCGCGAGUCCGCCGUCGCGUAUCGCGAGUUUCUGUCCAAGAUUAAGCGUUAAAAGUUGAGGGGUUUCGUGCAUUUUUCUAAUGAGAAUUAAGUGUAUUUUUAGCUUAGCUUAGGUUAGAGUUUGCUAAAGCAUCCUGUCGACAGAAUUUAUCAGUUUUAUUUAAAACACUUUUGUGUCACCAAGUUUUACACUCACCUUUUAGCACUACUUUUUUUUAAAUCAAUAUCUGUUGAAAGCUCUCAUUGAUCAAAAUACGUAUUCAGAAAAUUGCAAUAGAAAAAAAUAGUUUCCGGGAAUUAGAUUUAAAAUUUAACUUUUGUAUUCACUUAGACAGACGUCGUCAAGUUUUAGUAAAGGUUUUAGUAGAUUUAACUCAUUGUGCUCAACAUACUUUCUAGAUAGCAUCGUCGUUAGCCUAACACAACAAAAUAUUUAUUAAAAAUGACAUAUUAAAAGUAAUAUUAAAAUUAAUGCAAUUUGCAAUAACUACCGAGGAAGUAACGUAUGCUGCACAAGGUUGUAGAAGGGCCAAUAAUUGUGAGCUGUUAAAGAAAAAAUAUUUAUCAAAUUUGUACUUUUUUCUACAACGGUUAAAAUUACCUAACACAAAAUAUAAGUGUGUCGUACCGGAAUGAUGUGAUCAAGUAGUUAAAGCGUAGUAAACAAUUGUGUCCAUAGUCGUCACCUUUUGUCACACUACACAAUGUUUUGUCUAUCUAUGGAAAGGUAAUAAAAAUUGUGGAAAAUAAAUCAAGCAAAUAAAAAUAAAAUAUGUUUUCAAAUCGUACAAAAAACUUAAAUUUGCAUUUAUGUUCUCCUUCAAGAACCAGAGAUCCCCAUUCACGAGAACACGAGAAAAGGGCGAAUAAGCCUUUUGUAAGUUUGAACUAUUUAGCAAAUUUUCAGGCUAACAUUUUGGCAAAACUCACAGUGUAAAACAAUAGGUUGUCUCUCCUUCUUUUAACACGACGGUUUUUGUUUAAUAGUUUCAGAAUUUGUAAAAUAGUUCCAGCUGUCAAAAUGUGUAUUCAAUGUCAUAGCUAAAUAAAAAAAAAAAGCUUAAUUAGUUAAAUCUCCCAAAAAGCCAUUGGAAAUAAGUUUUAUAGUUGAUGUCGUUAAAUUAAAAAAGGUACGAAAAAUCAGAAAGCUUAAGAAUUUCCUUAAAAAUAAAAG